AAUAACUGCCUCCUGACUUCUCCCUAAAGCUCUGUCUGACAACUGCCCGUUCAGGACAAGUGUCUGAAGAUGUCUGAUUACUACGUAGAGCCCAAACCUGGAGACCUUAUAGAGAUCUCUCGUGUGGGUUACAAGCACUGGGCCAUCUAUGUAGGUGCUGGUUAUGUGAUCCACCUGGCACCCAAAGAUGACUUAGCCCAGGCCAGCGUCAACAGCAUCAUGUCCAUCCCGUCCGAGAAGGCGGUGGUGAAGAAGGAACUUUUGUGGGAGAUCGCUAGAAGCAACGCCUGCCGGGUCAACAACAAAUAUGAUCGGAAAUACCAGCCGCUGCCUGCAGGCCAAAUCGUCCAGGAGGCAGAAUCGCUGUUGGGAAAGGAAGUGAACUACCGAGUGGCCAGCCAGAACUGUGAACAUUUCGCUACCUGGCUGCGGUACGGCACAGCUAGGAGCGACCAGGUGAGAGAAACCGUGGCCAGUGCAGUGGGAAUGAUUGGUGUUGGGGUUAUUCUGGGCUUGGCCACUUUGCUGGGCAGUCUGCUAUUGCCCAGCAGGCAUGAAGAAAAAUAAUCGAAGUGCCUCCUGCUUUGACCAUGGAUGAACCGUUCCAUCCUGUACUCGGAAGUCACUUUCUGUCUCUUCUUUUGUUUCUUUCUUACUUUGUCCCUGUCUUGAGAGUUCUGAA